ACCACGACAGAGGGAGGAAAUCGCGCAGCCGUCCUCAGCGUUGUGUGUUGUGUUGGCGCUUCAUCUACUCCUAGUUCGAGUUAGAUUUAGGAAUAUUAAUUACAUUUUUAGUGUGUAGAAAGGAGUUAACCAAGUGUCGUGAGGGAAUUUGCGAAGGAUCGUGGGAAAAUUGUUAGAUUUUGAGGCAGUUUUGGCCUUAGUGUUGGCCUGGCCCUAGACUCCCUCGCCCGUCCGAAUACUUGAGUGGGGGCCAUUGGCACCGAUUUCGGAUUCGGUACUGUAUGACCGAAGGGGUGUAUCGACGUGCUUUUAAGUGAUCUCUGCACAAGCCCAAACGCUGCAACAGAGCUAUCAAUACAUUGGAUCAUAAUUUGUGGCAGUUUUCGUAGAUAAGGUGAAGGGGUACGAGUGUGCGGCGUCCGAAUCGGUGUGUGACUUGGACCGGUACGAAUUGGGGUCUACUUGCGGCCACGGCUUCGGCUUCUAACUUCGAGACCAGAGUGUGAUGGUGACCGCAUGACGAUGGACUUCCCGCGCAAGUCCUCCCGGGGCCGCGGGAUGCUGGGGCCGAGGCCACCGCAGACCCACGCCAUGGCCAACACCCUCGUCUCGCCCAGGAUGGACCACUCGCCCUCGGACUCCUUCAUGGACGGGUCGCCCCUGGGGAUGGGUGUCUCCCCCUUGUCACCUGGGGACGUGGCGAUCAAGACCGAGCCUCCCCUGUCACCGACGGCGAAGAGACCGCGGCCGGAGCGGGUGGACUGGGCCCCCUCCCCCAGCACCCUCAGCAUGGAGUCGCUCUCGCCGCCGUCCUUCCCCUCCAACGGCAUGGGCGCCAUGGGCGGCGGACAGCCCUCCAACGCCGGCUCGCCGCUCUCGUCCUCCAGCUACGACCCCAGCUCCCCGUACCCUCCGAGAUCAGGUAAGAUAACGGGUUCGCUCUUUCGGAAACGAGGUAAUGUAAAAUGACUCCUCACACGCACACAAGCACGUACGCAUUCCUAAGCUUGGCAUGGAAGGAGACAGGUAAGAGCGAGGGAAAGGAGAGAAAGAAAAAGGUAAAAAAAAGAAAAGAAAAGAAAAAACACAUCCAUCUUGCUUCUCACGUUAAGUGUGCAUUUAAAAGCUUUAUUGGCUCUUGUCGUUGCUUUUGACUGACUACGUGAGAUUAGCCAUUGAUUCUGCACAACAUUAUGGAUCGCGUGUCUCCUCCCCCCCCACCC